AUGCCACCACAGUACACCAUACUCUUUUUGAUGUGGAGGGUCAUACCGGUGGUUUUUGGAUGUGCCGCAACAUCUCCUGGAAGGAACCCUACGACUCUCAGUCCAAUAAGAGCUACCACAACAACUCUCAGUCCAGUGAGAACUACAGUGAGAACUGCCAGGCCGGCCACCACUCGAACCACCACUGCUGCCCCUACGGAAGCACCUGUCGUACCUCUCUGUCAACGAUGUGCAGCGACACAAGUUGAUUUCGAUACGGCAAACGGUGAGCCUGGUCGGUUUGAUGCGACGUUUAGAUUGGAAACCAAUAAUCCAGACACAGGCUGUAAACGUUUGACAGCAAUCUGUACCGCUCAAGAGGGAUUCUUCUCCUUCAUGGAGUUCAACGUCAUCGAAGGUGGUCCGGCGGAGAAUCAGGAUAAUGGCCGAACUGUUGAAGCUCUGCUGGAAUGCAUGGACGGUGCAUGGUUCUAUCGAGGUAUACGACAAGUGAAUUCUGUCCAAUGUACUGAAGCUCCACUUCCAUGA